AUGCCAUCCUACCCUUGCAUCACAUGUGCCAACUACGUCUCUAUCAACUCUCCCUACUGCACUAUGUGUCGUCAAUCCGACUUUUGGUGCGGAAGCUGUAGCGGAACAGGCUGGGCCAUGUGCUAUUCAUGUGAAGCGACCGUUGAUGCAGAUGUCAAGUGUGCUGAUAUGACACACGAAGCUGGAGUUGUCGAGACGUCUGAGGAUCUUGGAUGUGACUUCGUCCCAGAGAAGAUGUAA